AUGUCAGAAUAUACUGCACCAUUCACUGAUGAACUCAGUUCCUCUUUGCUGGACAUGACAAAUACAGCAUUUCCGACUCGAAGGCAGGAUGUACUCGGAAAUGGAAAUCAGCACAAUACUCAAUGGAAUUUUGGCAAUUCUUUGGCACCAGGGUCCCAACCUUCCGUCAACAUGGCUCUACCUCAGGGACAUUUUAACACCAUGUCUAUUCUUCGAAGAGCAACAAACUCCGAGCUUCUUGCUGCUUCUAAUGAAGCAUUUUAUACAAUUUUUACUGAGAAUAUGGCCUUGAAAGCAGAGAAUAGUGCAAAAAGCGAGCGAAUUCUUGAGCUCAAGUUAGAGCUUACAAAUCUCCGAGCUGGUCAAUUCCAACAAUCCACAACACUGAAAACUAAUCUCAAUGGCCAGCAAUUGGCCACUGCAUCUAUAAACGAGCAGGGCAAUGGUCAAGUCAUUCCGAGUAGGCUCACGGUGCCACCCGAGGUUCCCGAUGCAGAGGAAGAUGAUUAUCCUCUUGCUCGUUACUGGGAUGAGUCGUCGUGGAAAGCAUUUAAAGAAAAAGAAGCAAAUGCUAACCGACAUGUCAAAACGACGGCAUAUCUUACUGACGAAGAAGGUGACCCACUUGAUAAGGCAAGACUGACCCUGAUAAGCCAGACACUCAAAAGCUGCUUUAACGAGCUUCACCAUUACCGACUGGACCCGUCGACGUGGGCCAAGAAGAUGCCGAUUGCCGAUGACUUCACAAACAACACGAUGCGUGCAAAAUUUCCUGAGUUCACACUGUGCAGCAACAACUGGAAGCUUUGUUUAUAUAAAACUCAGCUUUAUCCGGGAUGGAAUCGGUGGAGUCGGAGCAGUAAACAUGCUCCAUUAAGUCGUGAGAAACCAUCGUUCAAAAAGCGAAAGGCUAACAUCAGUGAAAACCACGAUGCUGAAUCAAAGCGAGGCCGUCACAAAAAGACAAAAAACACGGUCGCACCUAUCGAAGUUCAAGUAGAUAAGGAGGUUGUUGAAAUCAUUGAUGAUGACGACAUGGACUCGAUGUAUGUGUCAGAUCACGCCAAGAGGCCUAGUGUUGGUGCAAAGGGCCGUGCUUCUGACGAAGGUAACAGUUCCGCCCUGCAGACACCCGCCCCGGAUGUCGCUCCAGUAGAUUCUUCAUCAAGUCUUCUAGGUGCUAUUACGGUGCCUCAUCGUGAGAUGUUUCCUUCUGCUACAACACCCCAGAUGUCACCUCAAGCAAAUAAUGGUGCCAUGGCUAGACUUGCGGGUAAGCUCAUGGUGCAAAUCAUUAAUUUGAAUCAUUCUACUACCUUUAUUCCAUUUCCCGUAGGUGCACUAGCAACCGAUUUAACAGACACGGGGGCAUCUGUUGUACACAUAAACAACCCACAACAAAUGGAAAUGCAGACAACCUUUGUUGGCCCCGCAUCGACGAAGCCAAACUCCGAGACCACAAGACUUCUAGCAGCCUCUUUGUCUCCUACUGUUGCAUCGUUGUCAUUGCCUCCAUCAAAAUCAAGGAAGACAAACUUGUUGUGA